CUGUGACCAAUGCGCGGGAUUCUCAAACAUAAUGUCGGUGUUUAAUAACAACAACAGCUGAAUCUGCUUCAGUUUAUGUUUCCUCAAAUAUUAUAUUCAUUGUAGUUUAAAACGACGUUCUGACUAAGUAUUUUUUGUUAAACGGAGCAGUUAUUAUUUAAUGUUGUCGAGCGCUCCUAUAUAGCUAAAACGACAAAGAUGCACAUUUAUUUGGACGUAUUUAUUUAAUUUGGAUUUAAUUCCUGAUCCAGAAUGAGGAGAAGUCUAGCGCCAAGUCAGGUGGCCAAAAGAAAACAGGGGCCAGAUUCAGACGAUGAGGAGGACUGGGAGCCUGACAUGGAACCACAGUGCAAGAGAGACUGUCGAGAAAAGUACAUCUCCCCUUACAGAAAACCCCUGACCCCGCUGACCAACAGACCCUUCUGCGCUGAUGGCAAUGAACAUGAAGCCUUCAUUCGCAAGAUCUUAUCCAAACCAUUUAAAAUUCCUAUUCCAAAUUACACAGGCGUUUUGGGUUUGCGGGCUCUGGGUCUGAGACGAGCUGGUGUGAGGAAAGCUCUGCACGACCCGUUUGAAGACGGAGCUCUGGUUCUGUAUGAGCCUCCGGUCAUCAGCGCUCAUGACCUGAUCAAAGCAGACAAGGAGAAGCUGCCAGUGCAUGUUGUUGUAGAUCCCGUGCUCAGUAAAGUGCUUCGACCACAUCAGCGAGAGGGUGUAAAGUUCUUGUGGGAUUGUGUGACGGGACGACGGAUUGAGAACUCCUACGGCUGUAUUAUGGCGGAUGAGAUGGGUCUGGGAAAAACAUUACAAUGCAUCACUCUCAUCUGGACUUUACUGAAGCAGAGUCCAGACUGCAAACCUGAGAUCGAUAAGGUCAUCGUGGUCUCUCCGUCCAGCCUGGUGAGAAACUGGUACAAUGAAGUGGGCAAGUGGCUCGGUGGACGCGUGCAGCCUGUGGCCAUUGACGGAGGCUCCAAAGACGAGAUCGACAGCAAACUUGUAAACUUCAUCUCUCAGCAAGGCAUGAGAAUACCAACUCCAAUUCUGAUCAUUUCCUAUGAAACUUUCCGUCUCCACGCUGAAGUCCUGCACAAAGGCAAAGUCGGACUGGUCAUCUGUGAUGAGGGUCACCGGCUGAAAAACUCAGACAAUCAGACAUACCUGGCUCUGAACUCCAUGAAUGCCCAGAGGAGAGUGCUGAUAUCUGGGACUCCCAUUCAGAACGACCUGCUGGAGUAUUUCAGCUUGGUGCACUUUGUAAACUCUGGCAUCCUCGGCACAGCUCAGGAGUUUAAGAAACGCUUCGAGAUUCCUAUCCUGAAGGGUCGUGAUGCAGACGCCAGUGAUAAAGACAGAGCUGCUGGAGAGCAGAAACUCCAGGAGCUCAUCAGCAUUGUCAACAGGUGUUUGAUUCGAAGGACUUCAGAUAUUCUUUCCAAGUAUCUGCCAGUGAAGAUUGAACAAGUAGUCUGCUGCAAUCUGACUCCUCUGCAGAAAGAGCUGUACAAGUUAUUCCUGAAGCAGGCCAAACCUGUGGAGAGUCUGCAGACGGGGAAGAUCUCCGUGUCUUCUCUGUCCUCCAUCACCUCGCUAAAGAAGCUCUGCAACCAUCCUGCCCUGAUCUACGAGAAGUGUCUGACAGGAGAAGAGGGUUUUGACGGAGCACUGGAUCUCUUCCCACAGAAUUAUUCAACCAAAGCAGUCGAACCACAGCUCUCAGGGAAGAUGCUGGUGUUGGAUUAUAUCUUGGCGAUGACCAGAACAACGACCAGUGAUAAAGUGGUUCUGGUCUCCAACUACACACAGACUUUGGAUCUGUUUGAAAAACUGUGUCGAAACAGAAGAUACCUUUAUGUUAGGCUGGAUGGGACGAUGUCCAUCAAGAAGAGAGCCAAGAUUGUGGAGAGAUUCAACAACCCCUCUAGCCCAGAGUUCAUCUUCAUGCUGAGCAGUAAAGCUGGCGGCUGUGGCCUCAAUCUGAUUGGUGCAAACCGAUUGGUGAUGUUCGACCCGGACUGGAAUCCAGCCAAUGACGAGCAGGCGAUGGCUAGAGUGUGGAGAGACGGACAGAAGAAGACCUGCUACAUCUACAGACUGCUGUCGACGGGAACCAUAGAGGAGAAGAUCCUCCAGAGACAGGCUCAUAAGAAGGCCUUGAGCAGCUGUGUAGUGGAUGAGGAGCAGGACGUGGAGAGACAUUUCUCUCUCGGAGAGCUUCGGGAACUCUUCUCGCUCAAUGAGAAAACCCUCAGCGACACACAUGACAGGUUUCGCUGCAGGCGGUGUGUGAAUGGCCGACAGGUUCGUCCUCCUCCUGAUGAUUCGGACUGUACCUGUGAUCUCUCCAACUGGCAUCACUGCGCUGAUAAGCGAGGCCUGAGAGACCCGGUGCUGCAGGCUUCAUGGGAUGCAGCAGUCUCUUUCGUCUUCCACCAGCGCUCACACGAGGACCAGAGAGGAGUUGUCUGAACUGCUCAGAAAAGCCUAAGUUCAUAUGCUAGCACUCAUUCAUUUCUUUAUUCAUGUAUUUAUUUUGCACAAACAAAUUGAUUAUUCUUUUCUGGGUUAUUAAAAGGAACUAAAACCCAA